AUGUCAAAUCUAGCAACUUGCUAUAGCAAACACGCGGUUACAAUAUUGGACUCAUAUCGUUGUCACAGUUUAAACAAGGUUAGUGUUACUUCAUCCUUCAUUCCUUCUAUCCAAGAUGAAGUUUCAAGCCUAUACAAAGUCAAACUCUCCACACAAGACCACCUCUUGAUCAAACUCACAUGGUCAACUCAUAACAUUGACUUUUAUUUCACCAUUACCAUCAUUCAAGAUUCUUGCAUGUUUUCUAAAUCUAUCCAUAUUGGAAAGAUUAAAGGGUCCAAAAAGAUCCAAUCUUUUGUCUCAAAACUUCACCUCAUUUGGGACCUUUCAAAUGCCACAUAUGAAAUGGGCCCUCAACCAAUCAACGGGUGGUACGUGGCGCUCUUGAUCAACUCUGAGCUCGUUCUAAUUGGUGAGAUAGAGAAAAAUCAAGGGUUAAAGAAGCUCCUUUUCGGAUACCCUUUUGCCAAAUGUUCUUUGAUUUCUCAAAAUGAAAGAAUCUUUUGUAAAGAUCAUUUUUCAACAAAGGCCAAGUUUUUCGACAAGGGGACAUAUCAUGACAUAAAGGUCACAUUAAUGACAGAUGAUUCGAGCGCGUUGAGCUUGUGUGUUUGUAUCGACAAAAAGAAUGUGAUUCAAGUGAAGAGACUAAGAUGGAAUUUUCGAGGGAACCAAAUCAUUUUCUUGGAUGGAAUGUUGGUAGAUAUGAUGUGGGAUGUGCAUGAUUGGUUCUUCGAAACGAAUUUGGAUCAUAAUACCAAAUCAAAGGUUGGGAUUUUCUUGUUUAGACCGAGAAGUGGUUUGGACAGUAGAUUGUGGUUAGAAGAGAAGAAUUUGGGUGAGAAGGAACAAGAAUAUGUGAGUUCUCCCUUGUUGAUUUAUGCAUGCAAGAACCCUAAUCAGUAA